AGGAGGGGGCUUUAAAGGGUUGAUAAGGACCACUUGACCAGAGCGAACUUCACUUUCCUCACCCCGUGGGCUGCUGAUCGUCUUCCUCCCCGCGUCCUCAUUACUCUCAGCCGUCAUGCCACCCAAGAAACCAGAACCCAAACAAAAAGAGGAACCCAAGGCAGCGCCUCCACCUCCACCGCCUCCCCAACCCGAGCCGCCGAAAGAAGUAUUCUUUGAUCCCUCCUCGGUGACGAUUGAAUUCUCGGCCGAUCAGAUCGAAGAGUUUAAGGAAGCCUUUUCUCUCUUUGAUCGGACCCCUAACAGCGAAUUAAAAAUCACCUACGGGCAGUGCGGCGACGUUAUGAGGGCUUUGGGACAAAAUCCAACAAACGCAGAAGUUUUGAAAGUUCUUGGCAAGCCGAAGGCCGAAGAAUUAAACACUAAGCUGAUGGAUUUCGAUACAUUCCUGCCGAUGUUACAACAUAUAUCCAAGUCCAAGGAGAAGGGGACGUACGAGGACUUCGUGGAGGGGCUGCGCGUCUUCGACAAGGAAGGGAACGGGACAGUCAUGGGAGCCGAAAUUCGCCACGUCUUGGCGACGCUUGGGGAAAGGAUGACGGAAGAAGAAGUAGACAAGCUCAUGGCCGGCCAAGAGGACAGCAACGGCUGCAUAAAUUACGAAGCCUUUGUGAAGCACAUCAUGGCAAACUGAACGUCCGGCAUUCACCGCUAGACGGCAAGCCGACCCGAAAUGUGGAAUUACAGCCAUCAUCAUCAUCAUCCUCAUCAUCAUCAAUCCCAUCGCCGAUUACCCUGCCCGGACUGGAAAUCCUUCCAUUAUACGCCCUAUGAUUUAUGACAACCGCGUCUGAUGAAUAAACUCUGCUUCUUCUGAUACUUUAAAGGCAGAACUUGGAAUUCCGGGGUGAAAAAGCCGAGACGGAAUUCUGGGGAAAUUAUUGUGGGAAUAUUAUCUGUUCUUCCAUUCUGAAUGAAUAAUAAAAUACGGUAAAAUAUAUUAAUCGCUGGUGGAUCAAUCUUCAUUUUCUUUACCGUCAUAAGGAAUCGCUUUUUUUUUCCAGUUUUUUCCACAAAAGCAUUUUAUACCCCCAAAUAAAUUAAAGGGGACGCGCUGCACGAUCUAUUUUGAGCCACUUGCCGUAUUAUCAAAUCAACCAAAUCAUUUUUGACAAUAAACUAUUAUUUCUCAAA